CUCCGAAUCAAUCUUUACAGAAGAUUUUCACCUGCCAAAUUUGGCGAAGAUGGAUAAUCUAAUCUUUUUUAUUUUAUUUGUUUAUUUGAUUUAAGAUACUUGGUAUAUCCUUUUUCCUCCUACAUUUUAUUCCAACUCUGCUUUAAUAAUGAUUUUAUCUUUCUCAUCUAGAAUUGCUUAUCGUUCACGUAUUCAAACUACAUUAAUACCCUAUCAACGUAUUAUACCCUCUCUUCAUCGAAAUUAUGCAAGUAAUUCUUCAGUGACCGAUACUCAAAACUUGAUAGAAAAAAUUGUACAAAAAUAUGCAGUAGACCUUCCUGAAGGUUAUAAAGUUAAAAGUGGUGAUUAUGUCACCAUAUGUCCUCAUCACGUAUUAACCCAUGAUAAUACUGGUGCCGUUAUUCCCAAGUAAAAAAUAAAAUAUAAUAUUAUAUAACAUGCAUGCAUAGAUUAAUAUUAUGUUUGUAUGUAGGUUCAAGUCGAUUGGUGCUACCAAAAUAUAUAAUAAUAAGCAACCUGUAUAUGCCUUGGAUCAUGAUGUCCAAAAUAAAUCGGAAAAGAAUCUCCAAAAGUACGCUAAUAUUGAAAGUUGGGCUAAACUACAUGGUGUUGACUUUUAUCCAGCAGGUCGUGGUAUUGGACAUCAAGUGAUGAUUGAAGAAGGCUAUGCAUUUCCUAAUACUUUAACAGUGGCUUCUGAUUCACAUUCCAACAUGUAUGGUGGGAUUGGUGCAUUAGGUACACCUAUUGUUCGAACAGAUGCUGCUGCAAUUUGGGCUACAGGACGAACAUGGUGGCAAAUUCCACCUGUUGUCAAAUUAGAAUUAACCGGUAAAUUACCUCAAGGAGUUACAGGUAAAGAUGUGAUUAUCACACUCUGUGGAUUAUUCAACAAGGAUCAAGUGUUAAAUACAGCUAUUGAAUUUCAUGGUUCUCAAGAAGCGCUUUCUAGUAUUUCGGUAGAGGAUCGUUUGGCUAUUGCAAAUAUGACAACUGAAUGGGGAGCUUUAGCAGGUGUCUUUCCUGUAGAUCAACUUACAAUUGAUUACCUUCGCAAACGUCAAAAGCGUAUCGAAUAUGUUUUAAACAAACUUUAUCCUGAUAGUGAAAAGCGUAUACAUCCUCGUAUUAAUGAUAAUACCAUUCAAGCUUUAAUUGAGAAUCCUAUUACACCAUCACCUAAUGCUAAUUAUACGAAAAUCUUAACUCUUGAUCUUUCAACAUUAUCUCCUCAUGUAUCUGGUCCUAAUAGCGUGAAGGUUGCAACACCUAUUGCUGAAUUAGAAAGUCAAAAUAUUAAAAUUAAUAAAGCAUAUCUAGUAUCUUGUGUUAAUUCACGUGCAAGUGAUCUAAAGCAAGCCGCUCAAAUUCUAAAGGAUAAGAAAGUCAAGGAAGGAGUUGAGUUUUAUGUAGCAGCAGCAAGUUCUGAAGUACAAAAGGAAGCAGAAGAAGCAGGUGAUUGGCAGACAUUAAUAGAUGCAGGAGCCAAGGUAUUACCUGCAGGCUGUGGACCUUGUGUGGGACUUGGUAAAGGUUUAUUAAAGGAAGGUGAAGUUGGAAUCUCAGCUACAAAUAGAAACUUCAAGGGACGUAUGGGUUCCCCUAACGCCCUGGCCUAUUUGGCUUCCCCUGCUGUUGUAGCAGCUUCUGCGUUGGCAGGUAAAAUUGCAGGUCCUAGCGAUAUUGCGCAGAAGUAUCAAGAACCUAAAUUUACUAUCAAACAUAUCUCAAAUGAUAUCAAACAAGAUACAUCAACAAAAACUGAAGUCCUUCCUAAUUUCCCUUCUAUUAUUCAAGGAGAAAUUCUUUUCUGUCCAGCCGAUAACUUGAACACAGACGGUAUUUAUCCCGGAAAAUAUACUUAUAAUGAUGAUUUAACAGCCGAUGAUAUGAAGAAGGUUGUUAUGGAAAACUAUGACCCCAAUUUUGUGAAUAUUGCUAAAUCUGGUGAUGUACUUGUCGGUGGAUUUAACUUUGGUACAGGAUCUUCUCGAGAACAAGCUGCCACAGCCAUUAAAUCUCGAGAUAUUCAAAUAAUGGUAGCUGGUUCUUAUUCUGAUAUUUUCAAGAGAAAUUCAGUUAAUAAUGCAUUAUUAUUAAUUGAAUCACCUGAAUUAGUAAAUGAUUUGAAGGCAGAGAUAGGUACAGCAGAUUUGACAAAGCGAACAGGAUGGCAUAUCACAAUUCAUGUAGCUGAAGGAAAAAUGAUUGUUCGUAAAGAAAACAAGGAAGAGAAAUUAUAUAAUGUUGGUGCUCUUGGAAAGAGUGUUCAAGAAAUUUGGUUAGCCAAUGGUCUCGAAGGUUGGGUUAAGGAAAGAUUAUAAAUAAAUAAAUAAAUAAAUUAUUAUAGAUUAAAAAGAAUACAUGUUCUUUAUUUUAUGUUAUUUUUUAUAAUGUUUUUCCCA